ACAAUUCAGCGGGGCAAAGCGAGGUUGUCGUGCUCGUGUUUUGCUUUGGUUUUCUGUUGUUGUUUGUGCUUAGCGGGGCUUAUAGGAGGAAACGUUGCGCUUGUUUCGCUCAUGUUGCGCUGUCCUGUAGCGCACACUAGCGGAUUGUUCGCGGCGAAGUGACGCACAGUAAGGUGCGACGUAGAGUCCCCCCUGUGUUUACUGUUGCCAUGGAAAAUGCUUGGAAGGUGGAGUUUAGCAAUGUGGGCUGCAGUUACUUUCCACAGAGCCGAGUGGAUUGCCACUACACACUGAGCUCACGGCACAGCUGGGCCAGCAGUGACUGGAUUGGGCUUUUUAAGGUGGGGUGGACAUCAGUGAAGGACUAUCAUACGUUUGUGUGGGCACUGGCCCCCGCUGAUUAUCAGGCGGGCACACAUGUCAAUGCCUGUGUGCAGUUCCAAGCGUCCUACCUGCCCAAACCCAGCUCCCAGGAGUACGAGUUUGUCUAUAUUGAUGGUCGGGGGGAAGUGUGCUCUCGGAGUUCCACAUUCACAUUCUCUGCCCCAAAGCCACUGGAGGAGCUGGUGGCUGUGGAGGAGGAACCCCAUGGAGAAGAUGGCAGCACGGAUAUGCUGCUGGUCCUACCCAGAGCUGAACUGCUGCAGAGUCAACUGCAGGAGUGUCUGCAGCAGUAUGCUGAGCUGCUGCAGAUGCAGGAGGUGGCGAACAGACAAAGGGAGAGUGAGAAGGAGGAGUACAAGAUGGCGAGGGAGGCCUGGAGCAGACAGAGAACAGAGCUGGAGAUCAGUAUCUCCCAGCUGCAAAAAGCUCUGAAGCAGAGUCGCGAGAGGAUUGAGGAGCUGGAGAGGAAACAGAAGGUGGAGGAGCAGGUUUUAGGAGAGUCGCUAGCCCAGGAGAAAAGUGCUUUAUUGGAUGCAAGCAAGGCAAGCAAAGUGCGAAUCGGAGAACUGGAGGAAGACAUCAAAACUUUGACACAGAGAAUGGUGGACAGAGAGUUGGAGUUGGAGAGGAUGAAGGAAAGAACAAAGAAGACAGCAGCUCAGAAAAAAGAGGAGGAGACUGAAAGAAAGAGCCUCCAGACCAAGUUGGAUCAGACAGAACGUGAGCUGCGAAGUCUGUCUAAGGAGUUCCAGGCCCUCAGGACCUCGCUGGCUCAGAGGGACACGAGCGUCCUGCAGCUCCAGAACACCAUCACCACCCUCACCCAGAAACUCACCACUGCCCACAGGAAGGAGACAGAGAGCGAGGCGGCGCUGAAGGAAAUGCGGAGCCUACGGGAGCGUCUCAUUGCAAGCGAACGUACUGUGGAUGGGUUGAAGAAUGACCUGAGUGCCAUGAUGGCACAGAGGGAUCGCGGGCAGACAGAGUUGCAUCAGGCUCGUCUACAGGCCGCACAGCUCACCCUUCAGCUUGCAGACUCCAGUUUAUCCCUGAGAGAAGGCAGAGCCCACUGGGCCCAAGAGAGGCAGAAUCUGCAACGCACCACUGAGAAAGACCAGGAGCAUCUGGAAGAACUGAAUGCAGAGGUGCAGAAGAUGGAGGAGAAACUGCAGGAGGAGAGGAUGGAGAGAGUGAAAGUUGAGGUAGAGCUUGGGAGAGAAAAAGACUGCAAUCGGGUCCAGCUGAGUGAAACCCGCAGGGAGCUGCAGGAGCUGAAGGCCAGUCUGAGGGUCGCCCAAAAGGAGAAAGAGCAUCUGCUUGCAGAGAAACGGGAGCUGAUGGAGUACAUCUGUCAGCUGGAGCAGAAGGUGGGAGCGGCAAACUUCGCCGAGUGGAGAGCCACCCCAAAAACCCCAACAGAUUUCACAGAGCUUCCAGACGGCGCGCUGUCUGACUCUGAGGAUGAGAACCCCGAGGCUCUGCAGCCACAGAGACACCUGGUGCACUACAGCCUGUGCGAGCAGGGCCAGCCAGACUCUCUGCUCUCUGCCACCCCGCCACCCUCCUCCAGGGAGGUGCAGAGGGGCGCAGUGGUCAUUAACCAGCCUGCCCCGCUCUCCUCGCCACAUCAGGCUGGCACUGACACUCUGGCGCACAGCUCUGAUUCGGAGGAGGAUUCAGAUAAACUUCAGAGGAGAAGGCACAGCUCUGGAGAGGACACGGCACUGUUGCUGCACGAACACAUGGAUGCGGUUCUCAGCGAUUUGGUGGACACGUCGCUGUGGUAACCGGAGACCCGCCUACGGCUGCAGCAACUGACCAAAACGAGCAGAAGAGGAUGCUGUGUGGAUCAGUGCGGUUCUUCAUUCCUUCUACUAACAACUUGCACACACACAAAGUGUUCAUAUGCAAAUAUACAUUGUACCUACCUUUGUUUGUUCCUUCCAUACUGUUCUGUUAUUUCUGGUUUGCUGUUAGGAAAUGACAUAAUGCUGGCGGUGGCAGGUCAACAACAUGUUUAUGACAUACAGAAGACGGUUUCACAGCUUCAAAGCCAGCUACGGGCGCCGGCGGUUUAAGUUUUCAGGCUAUAGCGCAGCGAUUUGUGGUGAAUCAUUGCUGUGUCGAAAGCUUUACGGCGGGUGUUAUGUCACUUUUUAUAACAUUUGUGAUUAGGAGUCAUGUCGGGCACUGUAAUUAUGAUGUUUUGUGCAGGCACCGGCUCCACUGAAAAUCACCAUUCUGAAUUCUGGAUAGAAGCUUCAAACACUAUUCAUGAAGGCAUAAAGCAUCAGCAUCCUGCUAGAAUUAUAACAUAAUUUAGGCCUAUUGCGUCAUGUUUCUCCUCCAUUUACUGGCAUAUAAGUUUUGAUGUGCACUUUCUCGUACACGGCAGCAGUUUAUUGUUAUGCAGAUGCAGCGAUGCAGAGAUAAGUUAAUAUGGACGAAUGUUAGAAGCGGAGAGGGCAUCGAACAGAUUGUGUUUAAAGGUUAGUUACACGCGACUUCAGUAACCUCACAUAUCGUUUGUAUAAAACUAAAGCUCACAUCGUAGAUCAGUCUCCAUUUUUGCUCGCGAAACAGUCAGGAUUUUAUCUUUUAGAGUGAUUGAAAUUACAUGAUGAUUUACUUGCUGGUGAUGUGGAUUUUUAGCGUUGUUUUUUUCUCCCUCAUACUUUGUAUUGCACAGAAAUCUUUAUACACAUUCAUGCAGUUCAAAAUUUGUGCCUAAAAUAAUGAAAUAAGAGUCAAAGAGAAUCCUCACAGCUCCUGACAUUGUGACACGUUGUAAUUAACGAUAUACUGCCUAAUGAAGAUUGCUGCCGACCUUUUAAUCAAUACUUUAUGCAUUUUUCAUGAUUUUUCUAUUUAUAAUUAACGUGAUUUGUGCUGCAAUGAGACUAUAUUCAGGUUAAUUUGAAGUAUGCAUACUUUUUCACACGAUGUAUGACAGUUGAAAUUUCAAUGCUUUGCUGAGAAAGUUUGCUAGACCCUUUGAUGCUUGAUUUUAUCUGCUCUAUUUGCACCCUCUUUUUACUAUACAGGAGUUUUUAGAUGAAAAGUUGAUAUAUGGAUACUUAUUCUGUACACCUGUUGUUAUUGUGUGUUUAGUCUUCUUUUACAUGUUUAUAUUUAGGUUUGCUUUCUGGUUUAAAAAAUAAUCUGUUAACAUUUUAAGACUUUGGGCCCUAUCUUGAAGCUUUAUAGCACACAGUGCAAAUGUUCUGGGGCAUCAACCUGCACUUUACCAUUCACACAGCACAUAAUCUGAGAAGAAAAUCAGGAACUUUGUGCUUAAAAUAAUUCACAUCAUUCCAUUUUAGAGGCAGGUGCUCCAGCAGCUGACACUUUGCUGUUUAGAUGGUGAACUUAGAAGUGAGAGGUUUUCUGGAAAGGAAAGGGUUCUCCUCAGCUCUCUGAGGUACUGAGGUCCCCCCCCCCCUCCCCCCCCAAAAAUCCCCAUUGUAAUUGGAGACUAUGGCCAACCCUGUCUAGGUGCUACCCACCUACAAAUCUCAGGAGGAAGAAAACCAGUGUG